AUUCGUUUUUAAAUGGACGGAGUAUAUUAUAUCAUGUAGAAAACUCAUCUAUCUUCUCCACUUUUCUCCUCCUCCAUUUUCAACACAAAAUAAUGGAAACUCUUCCUCCCCCUCCUCUUUUACAAAAACUUAAAGUCCACAAAUUAUCAUCAAUAAUAACAAAAACUCACACAUUUAUUCACUCAAUAGCAAUAUUCUUCAUGCUUUACUACAGACUAAUAAUCAACUUCAAAUGCAUACCUUAUUGGUUCCUCAUAUUUCUUUCCGAGUUCGUUUUGUCCUCCUUAUGGUUACUCAACUCCGUACAUUUAUUCUCUCCGGUCACCCGUACCACUUAUCCCGAAAACUUAGUGGACGAUAAUAAUGAAUUACCUGAAAUUGAUGUCUUUGUAUGUACAGCUGAUCCUGUAAAGGAACCGGCAACAGUUGUCGUGAACACUGUUCUAUCAGCAAUGGCAGUUGAUUACGAUCCAGAGAAAGUGACUGUGUAUUUGUCAGAUGAUGGAUGUUGUAUUACCACGUUGUGUGCUCUACGUGAAGCAUGGAGAUUUGGGGAAGUUUGGGUACCUUUCUGUAGAGAAUUUGGUGUUAAGAAGAUUUGCCCUGAAGCAUUUUAUCGAACAGUUGGUGAUGAUGAGGAGGAGGAGAUUAAGGGAGGAAAUGAGUACUUACAACAAAGAGAAAAUGUUCAGAAAAAAUACGAAGAGUUCAAGGAAAGGUUGAAGAAAAUACAAGAAAAUGGAGGGACAAAGGAUACAGUGGUACAUUUUGGUCCAUAUAUUGAGAUAAUAGGUUGUGGAGCAAAAGAUAAAAUACCAUCUCUUGUUUAUGUUUCAAGGGAGAAAAAACCUUCUCAUCCCCACCAUUUCAAAGCUGGGGCCCUCAAUGUUCUUCUUAGAGUAUCUGGCAUGAUAAGCAACUCACCAUACAUAUUAAUGUUGGAUUGUGAUAUGCACUUAAAUGAUCCAUCUUCAGCUAGACAAGCAAUGUGUUUUCACCUUGAUCCCAAGAUGUCUCCUUCACUUGCAUUUGUUCAGUUUCCACAAAGAUUUCACAAUGUUAGCAAGAAUGAUAUUUAUGAUUCUGCCUUGAGAGCUUGUUUUGUGGUCAAGUGGCCAGGGAUGGAUGGACUUAUAGGGCCAAUGUUGUCUGGUACAUGCUUCUACAUGAAGAGAAAGGCUCUAUAUGGAACUGAUAUACACAAAGACAUGGAUCUCAGUGAGCUGAAGAAGUAUUUUGGUUCAUCGAACAAGUUCCUAAGUACUGUUAUUACAAGCAUUAAUCAUAUGCAAAACGACGCUGGUGUCAAGGAAUUUGCUGACGAUAAGAUCCAAGAAGCAAAGUUUUUAGCCUCGUGUACCUAUGAACAGGAUUCACAAUGGGGAGAAGAGAUCGGAUUCCUGUACCAUUCGGUGGUCGAGGACUACUUCACAGGUUUCAUUUUGCAUUGCAAAGGCUGGAAAUCUGUGUUCUGUAACCCUUCAAGGCCAGCAUUUUUAGGGAGUACAACGACAAAUCUGAACGACACAUUAGUUCAAGGAACGAGAUGGAAUUCUGGACUAAUGGAAGUUUUGUUCUCGAGAUUUUGUCCCCUCGUGUAUGGGUUGAAAUCGAGAAUGCCUCUUCUCGAAUGCAUGUGUUACGCUUACCUUGCCGCUCAGCCUCUCUAUUGUUUCCCGGCUUGGGUUCUAGCUAUCAUUCCGCAGCUUUGUCUACUAAAUGGCAUUCCCAUUUACCCUAAGGUAUCAAGUCCAUGGUUCGCUGUAUAUUCAUUUCUUUUCGUGUCAACGCUCUCCAAAUACUUAUGGGAUGUUGUCAACACCGGAGGGACAACGAGGACAUGGUGGAACGAAUGGAGGGUAUGGAUGAUAAAGUCGAUAACAGCUUACUUCUACGGAACAUUAGAUGCAAUCUUGAAGUUAUAUGGCUUUAGAAAAGCGAGUUUUUUGCCAACGAAUAAAGCCGUUGAUGAUGAACAACAAUCGAUGAGAUACCAAAUGGGAAUCUACGACUUUCAAGCAUCGAAAAUGUUCAUUGUCCCUCUGGUUACAAUAGUUAUACUGAACAUGAUUUCGUUCGUUUGGAGUGUUACCGGAAAGGUGAUAUAUGAAGGGAGAUUUAGUGAGUUGUUUGGUCAAGUUCUCGUCGCGUUCUUCAUCUUGAUGGUGAAUUAUCCUAUACUUGAAGGGAUGAUAUUUAGGACAGACAAAGGAAGCAUUCCAAUCUCUGUUACUUUGUUGUCUAUGUUGUUUUCCUUUGGUCUUUUGUUGUUUGGUUCUGUUUUUGUAACACAUGCAGAUAAACAAUAGUAGUAGUAUACUAGUGUAGCUCAUGCUGGAUCAAUCGUAUUCUGAGUUGAAACAAUGAAACUAGUUGAAGUUGCUCGUGUA